AUGAAUAAAAUCAGUGGUAGCAUGGAUACUAAGGAAGAUGGAUGCGACUCUCCCAUCUCCCAUCCCGGAACCAGCGGCAACACACGCGUACGCAAAACCCAUAUCACCACCCAUCUAAACAACCUUCCGACUAACCCCUCUUCCAGUGCCUCGGUAUUCACCCCAAUCAACCUCGUCCUCCUCUCCCUCUUCGCCUUCCUAGUCUACCUACGCCUCAAACCCGCCGCUCCCCCAACACUUCCCCGCGCCCCUCCCGCCACCGUCUUCCGCACUUUCACACCCCCCGCGCUCUUCCCCUACAACGGCCUCAACAACAUGCCCGUGUACCUGGCCGUGCGAGGCCGCGUCUUCGACGUAACCGCCGGCCGCAAUUUCUACGGCCCGGGGGGACCAUAUGCAAAUUUUGCGGGGAGGGAUGCGUCGCGUGGGCUGGCGUGUGGUAGUUUUGACGAGGAUAUGUUGACCAAGGAUCUUGAUGGGCCGUUGGAUACGUUGGAGGAUUUGGAUGCGGAGAAGAUGGAGGCGUUGAGGGGGUGGGAGGAGAGGUUUGAGGAGAAGUAUUUGGUAGUGGGGAAGUUGGUGCCGGUGGGGCAUCCGGAGGCGGAGGAGAAGGCGUAG